AAACACGUCGCAGAAUGGUUCGCGUCACUUCCGGGAGAAGUCCGUGCGGCCGGUAGAGCGGCUUCUGAAGCCAACAUGCCCAAGUUUUAUUGCGAUUACUGUGAUACUUACCUCACCCAUGACUCUCCAUCUGUAAGAAAAACCCACUGUAGUGGAAGAAAACACAAAGAGAAUGUGAAAGACUACUAUCAAAAAUGGAUGGAAGAACAAGCGCAGAGCCUGAUUGAUAAAACAACGGCUGCAUUUCAACAAGGGAAAAUCCCACCCACUCCAUUCUCUGCUCCACCUCCAGGAGGAGCUAUGAUACCACCACCACCAAAUAUCCCUGGUCCUCCGCGACCUGGUAUGAUGCCAGCACCCCAUAUGGGUGGACCUCCAAUGAUGCCAAUGAUGGGUCCACCUCCUCCAGGAAUGAUGCCAGUUGGACCUGCUCCUGGGAUGAGACCGCCUAUGGGAGGACACAUGCCAAUGAUGCCAGGGCCUCCAAUGAUGAGACCUCCAUCCAGACCUAUGAUGGUGCCAACCAGACCAGGAAUGGCUCGUCCAGACAGAUAAAGUGGAGUGGAAAGCACCAUUCCUCCUUUUUAUUUUAUAUAUGCUGUUCUGUGACCGAGGCUUGGGAGUUGCAUUGUCCAGAAUACCACUCAAAUCACCUUUUUUUAAAAAAAAUGUACAGGCUCAACGUGUGUGUGGGAGGGGGAGGGGACAAGUAGGAGUCUUGGACUAAUGCUUUAACAGUUUUCAAAUCCAUUUGAUUGUGACUUGUUAGAAUAAAAUGUUCAUACUUGUUAUA